AUGGGGAACGUUCCAACAAAAGAAGACCGUGGAAGUCAAUCUUCACGCAGAAGAGGUAGUUCAAUAAGUUCUACAAUCAAUGGAUUAAAUCCAAAUUCUUCAUCACCAUUCCCAGCUCAAAAAUUAAAACUUGGUAAAAGAUCUAGUAAUACUAAAGAAAAGGAAAAAUUCAAAGAAGCUCAUGCUGCUGGUUUAGUUGUUAAAUAUGAUGAAAAUGUUGAUGGUGGUUAUUUAGCACCUUAUGGUACUUAUAAUUUGAAUUUGGACUAUAAAAUAAGUGUUGUUAAGCAAUGUAUAAUAGAUAGGAAAUUGGCACCUUUUUAUACACCUUUACAAGAUCAUAAUAAAAAUUGGACUGAUGAAGAGUUAUUAAAAACUGUUGAUUCUUUAAAAUUACAUGCACAUCCAUCUGAAGCUGAUGAUGAAGAUGAAGAUUUAAAUUAUGAAUAUGAAGAUAUUGAUGAAACCACAUUAAGUAAAAGAGAAUUAAAAAAACAUUUAUCAAAGAAAUUUAAUAAACAAUUAAAAGUGAAAAGAUUAAAAUGGCAAGAUGAUGAAGAAUUAAGAUAUAGACAAGAAAAAUCAACAUCAAAACAAGCUUCAAGUAAAGAUUUAAAAUUAAUUUUAUACAGAAAUGUUGCAGAAUGUCCAAUUUGUUUCCUUUAUUAUCCAAAAUGGUUAAAUUAUUCAAGAUGUUGUGUUCAACCAAUAUGUACUGAAUGUUUUGUUCAAAUUAAAAGAUUAGAUCCACAUUUCCCACAUGAUAAUGAUGAAGAAGAUGUUGAAGAUAAGGCUAAAAAUGAUCCAAAUUUAUUAAUUUCAGAACCAGCAUGUUGUCCAUAUUGUGCAACUGCAAAUUUUGGUGUUACUUAUACGCCACCAUUUUUCAGAACUGGAUUAAAUGGUGAUUUUACAGCUGGUUUAUUUAAAUUACCAUCAUCAGAAGCUGUUAUUUUAGAGGGUGAAGAAACUUCAAGUUUUGAUGUUGAUGAUAAUUAUUUCAAAAAAUCAAUGACUGAUGCUACAAGAUCAAGUUCAAAUAGUGGGAAUGGAAGUCGUUCAGGAAGUCCAUCAGGUCGUCGUGGUUCAUUAUCUGCAAAUAAUCCAGCUGUAAUUACAACAGAUUUUAUAAGACCAGAUUGGGAACAAAAAUUAAAUUCUGCAAGAGCUAGAUUAGCAAAAAGAGCUGCUACUGCAAGUGCUAUCCAUGCGAGUAAUCUAUUAAUUCAAAAUAAUGAACAAGAUGUUGAACAACGUAUGAUUGAAGAAGCUAUGAGAUUAAGUCUUAUGGAUGAAGAAGCAAGAAAAAGGAGGGAUUCUUCAAGUCGGCGUUGA